AUGGAAAAGCGUCACAGUUUCAUGUCCACGUCUAAAAAUCUCGUUAAGAAGUCAAUCUCACACAUUCAGAAUUCAAGGAGUUUUCCUUCGCUUUUGAGUAAUCUCAGAGAAACGAAGGAGCUGAGAUCCAGUCGUGAUGAGAAACGUUGUAGUCUCGAGAUGCCAGACAAUUUCGGUAAGGCAGAGCCCAGAAGGCGGCACAUUACUGCCCCAAAGUGGAUAUCUCUGCAAGAUCUCGAGUCGUGCACAAUCCUUCUGCCUGAUUUAGUGAAAAAGUUAAACUUUUUCUACGGCAGUAAGGACAGAUGCGAGUGUGGAGCAUUUGGAGAGCGCUUAAUCGGCUUGGAGGGCAUCAAGUUACUAUCAGGUGGAAUCGAAGCGCCCAGACGCAUGACCAGCACCAAACAGUGCUUUCCUAAGGUCACGAAGUCGAUGCAGACAGCUGCUGGGGGGCCGAGCGAGGUCCCGGGGACACAGAGUUUGCCCGAACGAAGACACAAAAAACCGCGGAAACUCAAUCCAAUCGUAAGGGCCCAGGAUCCCAAACGUGUGUGUGUCAGAGCAGGUCCCACGGACUCCGAUUGUGCCUACACAGCGAGGGUGUCGCAGAUACUCGACUUUCUCUACCUCGGAAACGCUCGCGAUUCGAUGAACGCCAAGUUCAUGGAGGAACAGGGUAUCACCCACGUGAUCAACGCCACUUGUGAACACCCUAACGUCUUUGAGAAGGACGGCAAAAUCAAGUACUUGCGAGUGGCUGUCCACGACACGACACUGGCCGAUCUGCGACCUCAUUUUAAACCAGCUAUCGAUUUUAUCGACUCUGCCCGCAACUCAGGCGGUAAGGUGCUUGUCCACUGCAUGGCCGGGGUGUCGCGUUCGGCCACUCUGGUCAUCGCCUACCUCGUGACCCACUCCAACCUUACCGUGGUCGAGGCCUACACGCUGGCCAAUCACUUGCGCUCCGUGGUGGGUCCCAGCUUCCACUUCCUCGGCCAGGUGGAGCGUUUCCGCAAGACUCUGGACGAGGCUCGGCUUCACAAAGGCGACAACACUGCUGGCGGCGGUGGUGGUGGUGGUGGCGACGAUGAUCAUGGCGACGUCCAGGUUCAGGACAUGAUACGGCGGAGAUGGGCUGAUUUCCUCUGCGGCAACUCCGCCACCACCUUCGCCAUGGGAUGA